AUGAGUGAUGAGUUUUUGACUUGCGCCAAGAUUAUUGAAUUUUUUUGGUUACUGCUAACAUUUGUGUUCUUUUUUUUUGCUGCUUAUGCUAAAUUCAGAUUGAAAAAGGAUAUUCAUUUAGAUAUUGAGAAUUUGAAUUCGAAUCACACAUCAGUUAAAUAUUAAGUUCCGUCUUAAUAAGGAGAUGCAUAGGAGAUUCAUAUGGUAGAUUAAAAUGUUUCGAAUUCUGGAUAAUUAUAAUCGACUGCUUAAUAAAAUAAAGAACCACCUACAAAAUUAGAAGAAUUUUACAAAAAGUCACUAAGUAUUACAAGUAGAACAUUCCCUUAAUUGGCAGUGGCUAUUAUUUGCAUUUUGAACGGGGCUAGUUAUGCAUUCGCAGUAGCUUGCGUCAUUUUGUACCUUGUUUCAAUCAUUCUAUUUAAUAUACUCCAAAUAUAAGAUUGUUUAGGGUCUUAAGCAAUGAAAAAUAUGUUUAAGUUGACAAAUAACAUUUGGUUAGUGUGUCUAUUCAUAAAUUAUUUAGCUAGUUCAUUAUUUUGA